CAACACUAUACACUUAUUGCCAAAAAUUAAAAAUCCAGUGAUCGAAAAAUGUUAUGUUUUUUAACAUUAUUUUUGUUUAACAUUUAGAAUACGGUAGGUAUAAAUAAUUAAAAAUAAAGAACAGGAUUAUAAGUCCUGUUUAGGUAGAAAUAAACACUUGUGAUUCCUGUUAUGUAUUGAUAAAAUUAGAAGAGCAUCUCCGAAACCAUAAUAAACACUGACGAUGCAUUUUCUGUGUACUAUCUGCAGUGAUCUUAUAAAUCAAGCAGAGAAUAUUUAUGUUACCAAAUGUGGUCACUUAUUUCAUUAUCAAUGCUUGGCACAGUGGCUAGAAAGGUCCAAGUCGUGUCCGCAAUGUCGUCACAAAGUGACAGAGAAGUGCUUAUUCCGAGUUUACCCUACAUUGUCCAACGACAGCACUGGGGAGGACGUAGCCAUCCUGCAGUCGAGGCUCGACGAUGCACUCCUGCAGCUCCGACAGCAGAAAGCUACCAGCAAAGAGAAAGAGGAUACACUAGCAGUGGUUACCGCUGACUUGAAAAAGAAUGAAGAACUACUUAAGGCAUGCGAGAAAAAACUCAUCAGUCGGGACUCAGCCGUGUCGGCCUUGAAAGAACAAUUGGAGUACCUCAAAGUCCAAAACAAGGAGACAAAUCGCCUGAAAGAGGAAAAUGAAGCGCUCAAGAAAAACUUGCAAACUUUAAAUGGCUUACAGAAAGUGUUGAAUGCUACAAAUGAGGAAGUGGAAGAAAUGUUGCAAGGAUACACAGACGGACGAACAAUCGCUACGUUCGCGACAGCCCUUAAAAGAGCUCUAUGUGAAUCCGAAGCGAAAAAAAAUGAGUUCCGAGAAAGGAUGCAGGUAGCCAAGCAUAUGCAUGGACUAGAGAAGGCCAAAACAUCGAGUCUUCAUGCUAAAAUAACGCAAUUAGAAGAGAAGCUAGCCCAAAAAGAGCGCGAAUAUCAAACGAUAGUGCACAAGAGGAAAGCGUCAGAGAUGAAAGACAAAUCCCUCACUGAGGAGUGUGAGUCGGCGGUGAAGCAACAGAAGCAUUCGGAGAAUGUGUCGACCCAGUCGAGUGAAGCUGUCAGUGUUCAAGAUAACAUCAGUUUUAACACCAUGGUGAAGAAGAUAGAGAACGCCGAUUCCCCGUAUCUGGACCUCAAGCAGGGCUGCAUAGCGUUAACGGCGAUGCAACGGCAAGCGCAGAAGAUGCCUGAUAACAAACUAAAGCCGUCAGAAUUUGCGCUACUGAACUCCAAGCGAAAUGCAUUCAUUAAGGCAAGCUGCGAGAUGUUUCCCAGAAACAAGUUUAGUAUUUUUGUCAAGAAUGAUAUUAAUUUAAGUGAAGACGGGAUUGACUUAAAUGUCGCGCAAUUAGACAUGUCAUACGACGGAUUAGGCGGGCAUUCCAAAUUGGACAUAAUGCCGGUGCCUACGCGACCACCGCUCAGAAGUUGCAUACCCAAACUAUCAGCUAAACAUAAACUGAAAAGACCCAACCCUACUAGAAAUCAGGAUAUAAGUAAAAUGCUAGAAAAGAUACGAGAUAAAUAAUAUUAACCCUUUAACGAGACUGAGUAAUUUAAAUGAAAGAGUUAUAUCUAUGAAGUGACUUCCAAAAAGUUCUCGAUUCGUUGAAAUUUUUUUACCACUAUUGUGAACCGAUUUUUACUCUUAUUUUGCAGUCAAUAGGGUUUGCUUCCGCAUUAGCCACAUAUAACGUACGUGGCCGUUAAUGUUACCGUUUUACGAAGCAAAAAAUUGUUAAAUACAAAGCUAAACCUAAACUUAAACAUCACAUUCUAAAAUCAAAUAUUUACAAUAAGGCCGUCUCUGUAGCGCCGUUUCUCUGGACUUAUUUCUUAAUCUAAUAUUUAAAUUGGUAUCAUAAACUAAAAUUAUAACAGUUUUGAUUUAAAUCUAAUAAAUUAUGACAAAGAUUUUGCUGUGAUAUCAAAUAGAAAUAUUAUUUUUAGAGAUAGAUUUUGAGAAACAUUUAGAGAAUGGGCGACUCAGUAUUGCCUCAGUAUUGUAUGAAUCACACAAUCGUUGCUCAUUGGUGUAUGUGUGAUUGAAGUUAUUUUCAUGGCGUAACUGGAUUCUUCAGUUUUAGUACCCAAACGGCUUAGCCAAAACAUUUAUAAAUCCGUCUAAUUUGUCUGUCUGAUUGUCUAGCUGUUUGUUAAUCACUGCAUCAUUAAUGAAGUCUUAUCUACGAUACUUUAACUAUAUGUAAAAGAAAUAUAAACGAAUAACAAGAUUAUUUUAAUGUAUUGUCUGAAACACUUUACAAUUUGUUCCAUUGUAUCAGCAUAAAUUAUAAUUUCUUUUAAUUUUUUUUUGAAUGAGUGCUUUACUUGUAUAAUUAAUAAUAUUGUAAAAAAAAAUCAAAUUUUUCGAGUUUUAAAUUGUUCCAACUACUUAUCUACAAUUUGUAAAAAAUUAAUUUAAAAUCACUCAAACUACUUAUUUGUUAUAUUUGUAUAUAUGUAUUAAUUUGUCAUAACAUAACAUUAAAAUAACCUAAAAAUGGUGCCUGUGG